AUGCAACCGGUUCCAACUCUACUUAGUCCAGUUCCAUUCUUUGUUCUUCCUAGAAUAAUUUGUGCAACCAUAAGAUCUACGAUGCUUUGUAUGACCGCAAAAACGCAAAAUGGCAUUCUUGUUCAAAAAACUCAAGGUGGAAAUCGUAUGACUAAAACAACCAAUAAUCUGAAUACGAGUACGCUUCAUUAUAUGUUUUACAAGAAAGGAGACCAAUUACCGGACGGUUUCCCAAGGAAUGGAACAAAAAAAAUUAAUUUAGUCGUAAUUGAAAUUAAGGAAGCAGUGGACGAUUUAUGUGAAAUAAUUACUAUAUGGAUGAAUAAAGUCCUAAGGGUAAAUAAUCGAGGUUACCCUUACAAUCAAAAGUAUUCUUCGUAUGGUCAACUCUUUGGUUGUCUGAACCAUGGAAACCUAAAUGGUCGAUUGACUUCAACCAUUAAUAAUUUUGAUGGAAUUACAAUAAGUGAAUUAAGAGCCAUGAUAGCAUAUAAAAGUGAUAGGAAUGUCAUAGCACAUCAACGAAAAUGGUCAACGGCGGAACAAGCACAAAAUUACAAAGAUGCAACGCAAAUUCUUUUGUUAGCGAAUAGUUAUUUACCUUUACCAAUCGAUAAUGAACUCCAUAUUGCUUUUACCAAGUAUUUAAACCGACACUUACUUGGUCGAGAACUGGGAUACAGAACCCUUAUCGAUAAUUUGAAAGAGCAAAACCUCAAGUUCGAGGAAAAGCAUUCGAUGUUCUUAGAUAAAAAAUAUGGCCCAGUUGCUGACAGCAACGAGGUUAUGCGCUGUAAAUAUAUUUUAUCAAUCCUUCACACAGCUAUCAGUCUUCUUAAAGAUUUGCUUAUCUUACCUCAGGUGAUGGUAACUGGUGCUGAAAGUUCCGGUCGUAAAAAGCGGAAGGCGGACGAGGCAUUCGACUAUAACAACUUCAUCCUUCACAACACUGAAGGCAUUUUCUGUACGAGCAAAACCGAAUAUCGAAUCUCACUAACGGAAGAUGCUCUCAAUGAUCAAACUGAACGUGAAGAGGAUUUUAGGGGUUAUAGCAGGCUUGCUAAAGGAUAG